AUGCCAUCAUCGCGCUCUAUCCUCCAAACUUAUCGUCUCAUCUCACAGCGCAAACCCUCCGCCCACCGUCUCUUCUCAACUCCUCCUCCUCCCCCACCCCCUUCCGCAAAAGAUGUCCGGUCGCGUCUACACAAAUUAAAUGAUCGUCUUCCAGCCUCGGUCCGUCCCUACACCACGCCUCUUCUCGGAGCUCCCGCAACCCACAUUACAUCCUUCCUCAUCCUGCACGAGAUCACCGCCGUGAUCAGUCUAUUUGGAUUGGUGGCUGCCUUUCAUUAUAACAAUGGAUUGCUCCCGGAUAUGUCCUCCAAUCAAUUGUUCGAGGAGCAGACGCAGAAGUUCGGACGUUGGCUGCGGAAGAAAGGCUGGGUGGAGGAGGUGGAUGUUGAUACUGUAGCUGAGGAGUAUGGAGGAGACAGUGCACACCACCAUGGCGAGGCGGAACGGUCAGCGUGGUCAGUCCAAGGCGAACGGGAGGGAGUGAGGUUGAUCUUGGAGUUCGCAACAGCUUAUCUCAUUACCAAGGCUCUAAUGCCGGUCCGCAUCGUGGUGAGUGUUUGGGCUACCCCGUGGUUUUCUAGAGCCGUGCUUUCGCCAUUGGGUAGAGGUGCUAGAGGACUGUUUGGGAAGAAAUGA